UAAGGUAAGGUGAGGUGAAAUAUUUUUAAGUAAGGAAGACUUUGUAACAUUAAAAAUCAUCUCCUAAUUCAUUUUUGGUAGAUUUAACAUAGACAAAUUAUUUAGUUCAAACAAACAGUGACAAAAUUGGGUUUGUGAGUUCAUGUUUUUCUCCUGUUUUAGGCUAAGGCAAGUUAUUUUUCACUUCUUAGUUGUAAUCCAGUGAUUUGUGAGUAGCUAAACAUAGAUUAAGAAGUUUAACGGUUAAAUUUUAAUUAUUUUCUAAUUUUUCUUUGUCCGUACUUGAUUACUUAAGGAUAAAGUUAUUUUACAAACAUGUACCCUGACAGAAAAGACAUCUGAAAAUCAAAUCAAGCCAAUUAAUCUUCCACUUUUGCAUCUGCAAAAAAUGCCUCAAGAACUAGAAAUGAAUAAGGAAUGUGAUAGAGAGGACAUAUCUGUAUGUUCAGGACUUCCUUGUGUGCAAAAGUAUGAGGAAAUGUGGAUCAAACAAGGCAAAUUAGAGUGGAAAAAUAACUUAAAACUCAUCACAAAUGAGUUAAAGCAGAAGUUUGGUGAAAUUUGUGAAAAAUACAAAAUUACUGUUUGUCCUGAGGAAGAGCCACUACAUGAUAACCCUAAAGAAGGAGCAAACAUAAAGGAAAUACCUUCUAAUUUGACAUAUAAUAUACCUGACUGUGAGGCAAAAGAUGCAUUUGGAGUAUCUAUCUCUCUAGCAUUCCAAGCAUUUCCUGAACAAAAAGAACCCAGUCUUGAAAAUGUUUUUCCAUCUUAUUUAACCUCUGGGUCCUGGGGACAUGCUUGCCAGUCAUCUUCACAGCUUUAUUUAAAUGAAAAUAAAUUAGACUAUGAAAGUGAUAAACCAGACACUGAACAUGUUUUUAACAAAAAUGAGAUUUUUUAUAAUGAUACAGAAAAUAAAAAAGUAAGGGACCCAGUAGUUACAUUUGAAGUGCAAGAAGACCAAGAGUUUGAUAUGCAAACAUUACAAAAUAUGAACCAAAAUACCACUAAUUGGAAAUUAGACAUCGGAUGUAUACCUCAGUCUAGUGAUCCCAAAAGACGUUUUGAUUCAUGGCUUGCCCGCUCCAAUGAAAUGAAACACAUGAUUCAAAUAAAAAGUGAUAUUUCUGCUGUUACAAAUACUUAUAAGAAAACCAAACCAAUACAAGACUGGUUCCAGAAGCCAUUGCUUGCAGAUAAUUGCAGUGCUAAUAACUAUAAAAGCAUGGGACCUGAAUUAGAAAAUGGGAGUUCUUCUCCACCGAAUAGUAACAGAACAUCCAAAGUGUAUCUAAAUGAAGAAUUACAGCAAGAUAUGCAAAGGUUUAAGAAUGAGAUAGGCAUGUUACAAGUAGAGUUCCUGGCUUUGGAAAAAGAGAAAAUUCGACUUCAAAAAGAGGUUGAAGAAGAAAAGAAGAAGCACAAAAGUAGUGAAAUGGAAGUAUCAGAAAACAUAUAUGAUGCUGAUGAUAGUGGAUUAAUUCAACAGAGAAAGAGCAGAAAAACUAAUAACCAGCAGUUUCCUACUAUGGAGAAUGAAGAUUCUGAUAGUAGCGGUCCUGGCAUGCAUAUGAAGGAAGUAAAGAAAAAUGAAAAUGAAAAAUGGACAUCAAAAGAAUGUGUGAUUACACCAGUGUUUGAGAAGGCUGAUUCACUGAUUGGUGGUCUGCUACACAUGAAUGAUGACAGCAGUUUAAGUGGAGUAGAUCAGGAUGAUGGCAGGGCUGCAAAGGAAACAUCUAAUGAAAAGAACAAGGUCAAAGAGCAAAUUAAUUCUAUGGAUGACCUUGAUGACUUAACUCAGUCAUCUGAAACAGCUUUUGAGGAUUGCCAGAUGCUUUACUCUAAUUAUAAGAAUUCCAUGUUGCUAAUUGAACAACUUGGCAUGGAGUGUAAAGAUUCUGUUAGCUUAUUGAAAAUUCAGGAUGCAGUUCUUUCAUAUGAAAGAUUAAUAGAACUUAAAAAAAAUCACUGUGAACUACUUACAGGAAAAAAUAAAAAAAUGGAAAGUAAGGUUAGUGGGCUACAAAAGGAGCUAUCAGAAACAAAAGAAAUGAAAUCACAGUUAGAGCAUCAAAAAGUGGAGUGGGAACAAGAGCUCUGCAGCUUGAGAUUCACCCUAAAACAAGAAGAAGAGAAGAGAAGAAAUGCUGACAUGUUAUAUGAAAAAAUUAGGGAGCAGUUAAGAAGAAAAGAAGAGCAAUACAGUAAAGAAGUUGAAAUGAAACAACAACUUGAACUCACUCUCAGAGCGCUAGACAUGGAACUGAGGACUGUGAGAAAUAAUCUGAAUCAGGUUGUAGAAGAGCGAAAUGACACUCAGAGGCAGCUUUCUCGAGAACAGAAUGCCAGAAUUUUGCAAGAUGGAAUCCUGACCAAUCACUUUGCCAAACAAAAGGAGAUAGAAAUGACUAAUAAGGAAAUGAAUUCUGAGGUGUCCGAUAGUCCUGAAAAAGGAAAAGGUCUGUUACAUAAAAACCACAUGUUGCAGGAUGAAAUUGCCAUGCUAAGACUGGAAAUAGACACAAUAAAAUGUCAGAACCAGGAAAAGGAAAAGAAAUAUUUUGAGGAUAUUGAAAUUGUAAAAGAAAAGAAUAACGAUCUUCAAAAGACAAUAAAACUGAAUGAGGAAACAUUAACAAAGACAAUAUUCCAAUAUACUGGACAGCUUAAUGUUCUGACAGCUGAGAAUACAAUGCUAAACUCUAAGCUGGAGAAUGAAAAACAAAGCAAAGAAAGACUGGAAACAGAAGUGGAAUCCUACCGUUCUAGACUGGCUACUGCCAUACAUGAUCACCAUCAAAGUCAGACAUCAAAAAGAGACCUGGAACUUGCCUUCCAGAGAGCAAGAGAUGAGUGGUUACGCUUGCAGGACAAAAUGAAUUUUGAUGUGUCUAACCUGAACGAUAACAACGAGAUGCUUUCCCAGCAACUUUCUAAAGCUGAAAGUAAAUUCAAUAGCCUAGAAACCGAGCUCCAUCACACGAGAGAUGCUCUCAGAGAAAAGACUUUGGUGUUAGAACGUGUACAGAGAGACCUAAGCCAAGCACAGUGUCAAAAGAAGGAGAUUGAAUACAUGUAUCAAAGCGAACAAGGCAAAGUGAAUAAAUACAUUGGAAAGCAGGAAUCCUUAGAAGAGAGAUUAUCUCAACUCCAGAGUGAAAACAUGUUGCUCAGACAGCAACUGGAUGAUGCGCAAAACAAAGCCGACAGUAAAGAGAAGACAGUAAUUAACAUCCAAGACCAGUUUCAGGAUAUUGUGAAAAAACUUCAAGCUGAAAGUGAAAAACAAGGUCUGAUGCUGGAGGAAAGAAACAAGGAUUUAAUCAACGAAUGUAAUCAUUUAAAAGAGAGAAUGUAUCAGUAUGAAAAUGAGAAAACAGAAAGAGAAGCACUUGUGAGACAACUUCAACAAGAACUGGCUGAUACCCUAAAAAAGCAAUCUAUGUCAGAGGCUUCACUGGAGGUCACGUCACGUUAUCGUACUAAUUUAGAAGAUGAGGCACAGGAUUUAAAGAAAAAAUUACGUCAAGUCACAAGUCAGUUGCAAGAAGCACAGGAUCGACGUACAGAGGCCAUGAGAUGUGCUGAGAAGACGCAGGAUCACAUCCAAAAGCUUGAAAUUGAAAAUGCCAAGUUAAAAGCUACAGUCAAAAAGCAAGCGGGAAAAAUUGAACAGCUUCAGAAAAACCUGUUAAGUACAAGUUCAUCUGAGGAUGAAAAGCAGCAAUUAAAGAAAUGUACUGAGUUAAAACAGUCUCUGGAAUAUAGUUUGGAUCAAGAAAUGAAGAAAAAUAGUGAAUUAGAAAAAGAGAUUACUGGACUUAAGAAACUCUUAAAAAUGCCAAGAAGGAAGUUAAAUGAAUAUGAAAAUGGAGAGCUUAGUUUCCAUGGAGAUUUAAAAACCAAUCAAAUUGAAAUGGAUAUUCAGAUUAAUAUGCUAAAACAUAAGAUUGAUGACCUUACAGCAGAACUGGAAACUGCAUCUUCAAAAUGUCUACAUCUGGAUGCAAAAAAUCAAGUUCUUCAACAGGAGUUAUUAUCUAUGAAAGUAAUACAAAAGAAAUGUGAAAAACUAGAGAAGAAUAAAAAGAAGUUGGAACAAGAAGUAGUGAACCUCAAAAGUCAUAUAGAAAUGAAUAUGAUAGAACACAGUCAAGUAGAGCAGUAUAAACGGGAGAUUGAAGAAAGAGCAAGACAGGAUAUAAUAGAAAAAUUAAAAGAAGUCAACCUAUUUUUACAGACACAAGCAGCAUCUCAAGAAAACUUAGAGCAGUUAAGAGAGAAUAAUAAUGCUUCAAUAAGAAGUCAAAUGGAACUCAGAAUUAAAGAUCUGGAAUCUGAACUCUCCAAAAUGAAAACUUUUCAAGAAGAUUCUAAUAAAGCAGAGUUGGAAAAAUAUAAGCAACUCUACCUUGAAGAACUAAAAGUUAGAAAGUCAUUGGCAAAUAAACUAAACAAGACUAAUGAGAGGCUGGCAGAGAUCAGUACCAAACUACUGGUGGAGAAACAGCAGAACAGAUCUUUACUCAGCACUCUUACUACGAGGCCAGUCCUGGAGCCACCUUGUGUUGGAAAUCUUAAUAAUAGUUUAGUGCUCAAUAGAAAUCUUACUCCAGGAGAAAACUUAGAGAUUUCUACCUCAAGUUCACGCCCUUCAAAUAAGAGCAUGGAGACUUACUUGACUAAGAUGCAGCAGGAGAUGGAAAAAAAUAUAACUAGAGAACUAGAAAAAGCUGCUGCUGAAUGUGAAUCUGGAUCCUAUAGAGCUUCUCCUCUAGGAGCUACUGAUGAGUCAAAUCUAAAUCAAGAUCUAGUUUUGAAAACGUCACAAGAAUAUGUACAGAUUUUGAAGAAAAAUUAUAUGAUCUAAAAGAUAAAUAGUAAAAAUUUCCCUACUGGGUUGUUUGCAUAACAUUUUAGUUGUUUCCCAUUAAACAUGAUGUGAAAAUCUUUAUUAAAGGAAAAUAUUUUUGUAUUAUAUGUGUAUGAUGAAAAUUUAUAUAGUAUUUUAAACCAUGUUUCUCUGCAUCUAACUUACUUUUAAGCAGAUUUUGUGAAUCAAAACACUGUUGAGUUUUACAUACUCAGACUGAGCCCUGAUACCAGCACCCAGACAACCAAACUUGUCAUUAAUAUAUAGUGGUGUUGAUUGAUAGCUUUUUUGUAUUUCCAAUUUUAUCACUAUAUAUAGACCUAAAGAUUUAGACAGACAUCAUUUGGAUAUACUGCUGCUAUGGCUAUUGUCAAUGUUUUGUUUUUUAAAAAAAAAUAUUAUUUAUUUAUUUAUUUUUGACUGUGUUGGGUCUUUGUUGC